CAUUGCAGUCGCUGUGUGUUGUGUGGCUGGGCUGCUACGAGCGAGGCUAGGCAGCCAGUAUGGCGGAGGAGGGCAGUGUGUUCGAGUUGGAGGGGCUUGAGAAACAGUUGCAGACAUUGAUAAGUCGUUACUCAAGCGACGAGUUGCGGGGAAACGGCAACCGAUUCUGCCUCGACUUUUGCAAGCUGGUGGAAGAGUAUGCCUCGCGAUGGCAGAUGCCACUCCCUCGGCUCAGGAUCCUGGAGAAGGCUCUCUGCCACUUCACUCGGGCCUCAUCCUCCUUCACGUCAAGCUGCGAUCACGUGAUUCACACACUCAGUAGUUUGGCCUUGAGUGUGUUUGAGUUGCUGCUUUUCUUUGCUGAAAAAGAUUUCCCCCAAGAGCCACUGCUCGGCUUCCGCAGUACAUUCCAGGAAUGUAAUUUGGCCCUUGCGAGGUAUCAGAAUGUUCACUUACUUCAGGUGGACCGACUGAUGCGGGCUGGAGGCGCCUGGGCCAGUCCAACCUUGCAGGCAAUACUCAGUGAGUCCAGUUCACCUCAGGAUGAAGUGGACGCAUGCCUCAGCUCUGAGCUGCCAGUGUUCUUCGAGCUCAGGGUGCGCUACCUUUUAUCCUGUGAGCGAGUCAGCGAGGCUUUAGCGUUGGCUAAGUCUUGCAUUCGACAUCCGACGGCAGGGCAACACUUGUUCUUCCUCCAGGUCUACCUCACGUGGCUUUACAAGUCAUCGCAGCAUGAUCGCCUGCGUAAAGAGCUGGGCGACCUCAGCGGUAAAGAUGCAGUGCACAUCAUCUGUAGUUUGGAGUACGAGGAAACAAAUGAGCUGCUGCUCGCCCUGUGCCAGGUGUUCCUCUCCCAGCAGCUCUCUCGGGGUGACAUGUACUACAUUUGCGAGCUUGUUUUUGUGUGGAGCAACCUUCACAAUCGACUGAAAACUUCCAAGCAAGCUUUUCUUGAGGAAAGUCGUCAGCUUAUGCUAUCUGCCUCCAACGUCAACUCCAUCUUCCCCUUCAUCAGAGUUGUACUGCAAGAGCUGGGUGAAGAGGGCAUCCAGUUUUGUGUGGAGCUUUGCGCCAAUUCCUUGAAGUCUUGCCUCCCGUGCAACGCAAUCACCAAGUCGCUGAUCUAUAAAACAAUCGCUGGCCUCCUCCCCAACGAUCUGGAAGUCUGCCGGGCAUGUGCGCUCUUGGUCUUCUUUGUGGAGCGCAGCGUGGAGGCCUACAAGAUGGUGUAUUUGCUCUAUGUGCUUCCAGACCAGGAGUACCAUGUUGAGCACAGCCCCAUCAGAAACCAGAUCCGCUUUGAAACCCUGCAGGUCUUGAAGAAGGACCUUUACUUUGACCCCGAGUUUUGGAACCUCAUUACUUUGCGGACCAAUUGUUUGAAGCUGAUGAGCAAGAAGGUGCUUGAUGCCGCCCUUGAAGAAAUUAUGGCGGAAACAUGGGUCACAAACUAUUGUGCCAAAGAGUUGUCCUGCGCCUCAACAGGAGAGAAAGAUCACAACAGAGCAGCAAAGAAACGCAAUCAUAAAGACGGUCACAAUAAAGAAGGUAGCGCUGAGGAGACGUCCAAAAGACUAAAGUUGGGCCAAUUGACUGUUGACGGUGCUGCAAAAAAGAAGAGCAGCCAUGCGUCACAGUAUGCAAAGAAACCCUCUCAACCUUUGAGACGUUCAUUUUGGCAGCUUGACAGGAUCCAUGACGUUGGGUAUGAACAGUUGCGACCAGCGACCCGACUAUCUGAAAAAAAUCCCCCCAAACGGACAAUUCAGAAACCCAAAUGGCUCAUGGAAGACUCUGGUACUUUGCAAGAGUCAAAGCGUAAAAAACAGAACCAGUCAUCUGCCCCAAGGAGACCUGAAUCUGGUCAACUCAAGAACAACACAAAACCCAAAGUAACGGUAAACUCCUGUACCACGCACGAGCAGGAAUGUGAUGAACCAGCAUCAGCUCCGCAGGUCAUCCUGGAGCUGUCCUUACCCGACAAUGAGCUGCUGGGAACAUUCAAUGAAGAUAGUUGCAACAGACAGAAAGGCUACCCUCAGAUGCUCCUUUAUAAACCCACAGUAAAGCUUCCUGACACUUUGCAGCCGGCGAAGGUGCCCUGUGGUAAAGAGGUCAUCCUCAGAGCAAGGGACGCUACCAUGUUUGUGCAACAUUUGCACUGCUAUGCGCAGAGGCACAAAGGAAAAGGUAAUGGGUCCAAUACUCAUGGAUCCGUAUCAACAAUUACACGCUCUUCUGCGCAAGGCAGUCCACCCAAACAACCACAGAGAGGGCUUUGUGAGAAAGGUAAUGCGGAAACGAGGGAUGGCACAAGUUUGGAACAAAAUAACAUGUCAGCAAAAGAGCUCACAGAAGAGAGGGUGAUUCAAGAAGAUUCUCCUUCUCACAAGUUGGUUGGAAUAACGGAUUCUAUAUUUUCUUGUAAUACUGCAAACUCUCAAAGCACAGAUAAAAUCCCACACACUGCGGCUACAUGCCAAGAACUCUCUGAAGAAGCCUCUGUUGAGAUGAAGGUGACAUUUGCUUCACAAAGCUCAGCAGUAGGGAAAGCCACCCAGCAGCCAACCCAAGCUUCCAGUAAUGCACAAAGCAGUCCUGAAUACACCUCAGUGGUUUCCACUAAAAUCAAUAUUCCAAACACUGGAGAUGGAGAGGCUUUUGACAACAUAGAUGGGCAACAACAGCUAAGAUCACUUCAUUCUCAUUUGGAAAAUGGCAAAAAAUGUACCGACAAGGCCAAAGAUCCUCAGAUGAAUGCACCUCCUCAGCAUUCUACUCAUCUAAAUGACAUCUCUGCCUUAGAAACAGAGACAGCCACCAAGCUUUUGCCUGUUAAGCUUCCACAAGACAAGGAGAAUCACCAACGUCCUACAUCCUCUCCUCACAAGGCAUCAACAUCUGUAUCUACCGUAGAAACCAAACAUCUGCCUGUUAAAAUUCCUCAAGACACGGAAAAUCACAAACUUCCCAGAGCCUCUCCCGCCGAGGCAUCAACAUCUGUGUCUACCUUAGAAACAGAGAUGGCCCCCAAGCUUGUGCCUGCUGAAGUUCUUCAAGACACACAGGGUGACAAACGUCCGACAUCAACAUCGGUGUCUGCCUUACAAACAAAGAUGGCCUCCAAGCGUCCGCCUGUUAAACUUCCUCAAGACAUGGAUAAUCACAAAUGUCCUCCAGUCUCCCCCACCAAGGCAUCAACAUCAGUGCUUCAAAAUAAAUACAAUGUUCCCGAUGCCUCCAGUCGAACAAUGCCAGAACCAGCAACCUGUGCAUCUAUGCAACAUAAAGAAAAAGAAGAAAGGUCAGUGUAUGUUGAAGAAGACGACGAUGAUGACUUUGAAGAAGUCGAAUCGGAGGAAUCCAAGUUGGAGUACUGCUGUACGUUUUGCCAGAAGGUUUUCAAGGGUAGACAUGUAGUUGUGCACGCAAUGUUCCAUUUCCGCAAGGAUGAGUGUAUGUUUUGUGGAACCAUCUUUAAAGACGACCUCCUGGCCAUGAUGCACCUGUCUGAUCAUAUCGAAAAGCUGAAAAGAAGUAAAGCUGAACAAGACUGCGUGUCCGAGACCAAAGAUUCCUCUGCACCGAAGAGCUCUGCCAAAGCUAAGGCUCCCAGCAGAACAUCAGGCAGUCACAGUAGCAGGAGACUGAGGAAGUCUUCUCUCCGUAGCAAAUCUGUCACCCAACCGGAUGCACAUUUAUCGGAAUCCAGGUGUCUGCGAUCAAUGACAAAACCAGGCGACAAACAAAAUGAACACGCAGCCGGCAAAUCUCCCGCCCACAAAGUAAAUGGCCACAUUGACACAAAGAAUCAACCUGACCAAAUUAAACGGGCAACCUCAAAAGCUGAAGGAAAGCAUCCGCAUCCACCACAGGCCGCAGAAGACAAAGCAGGUGAGCGCAAGGGGAACCAUAAAGUGGCAGAAACCUUGGACUAUUUUGUGUCAACGGUUCCGAAGAAGAAACCUCUGGAAUGUUCAAAGAAUAGCGUAAAGAAGAACACGACAAAGGUAAUGAAAAAGAAGAAGGCAGAGCCUGUAGAAAAAGUUUAUUGCCCAGCAGAUGGAUGCAGUUGGUUUACAGACCUCGCCAAAAACCGUGUUGCACUCCUCUACCACGCCCUGGAGCGUCACCGCGGUGACAUCAAACCGCUAGAGCUGUCAUUCCAAGUCGCAAACAAUAAAUGCAGUAUAUGCAUGCGGGUUCUAUGGAGUUUUGAACAUUUUCAGCAUCACGUGGAAAGACAUCGACUCAGCCCUCGGCAUCCUUGCCUCCAUCUGGGUUGCACCGCCAGAUUCAAAACGGGAAUGGAAAUGAGACGACACGCCAGAAAGCACAGUCCACUGCAGGCAGUGUGCUGCUUACCAGGUUGCUCCAAACUAUUUAUUUGUCUGUGGGCACUGAACCUCCAUGAAAAAGAGCACUUCGCUUCCAAACCUGCCAAGCCAAUAAAGAGUGUGGACCUAGAGACGGAAAAUAAACCUAACAGCACAAUGAUGAAGAAAAUAGAUGAGGAUAAACCAAAAGCUGUUGCUGCAACUGUAGAAGGGAAUUUGAGCCAGGCCGCUCGUACAUUAAGGGGGCAGGCCUCGAUGGAAGCAAAUACCGGCGUUCCUCCUCCCGAUGUCAAAACAUCUGUGAUAAAACAAGAGCUGAAAGCGAGAAAAGAGUCCAAGGAUUUAAAUGUUUUAACAAAUCUUUCCAACAAGGACAGCACCCCACCAUCAAGAAAUCACAGUCUAAGUUUGAGGUUAAGGAAAUGGCAAACAAGAAAGGCUAACCUCAUGGCGGCGAAAACCUUAACGACGCCGUUCUUUGGCCGCUGGGGCAAGUUGAGACACAGGUUCAAGAAAAGCCAGGUUAAUGUAAACACGAUAGUUCCUCGAAGAAGAGGGCGUCCGCCAAAGUCAAGGAAAGCAACCCACGAUGAAAACACCACUGCAGGUAGAAACGGUGAAAGUCUAAAGACCAAAUCCUCCCAGAUCCCUGCAGCCUGCCUGGAGGCCACAGGGUCUCCCACUGUUGGGAAGCUGGAAAUGAAGGAAAAGCACGACAGCGAUGCUGCCAAGACAGAGAUGCUGCAGCAUAAGGCAAAGUCCAAAAAAUCACUAAGCGACAAGACAGAGAGUGUUCAAGUAGAACAAAACAAAGCAUCUGACCAAGGCUCUACUGCUGCAUCUCACAAUUCAGUCCUCACUACUGAGAAAUCGCAGAACGUGAAGAAGCGCUGUGCUUCAAAAGACACUGACUCUUCAGGGGCCAGCAAGGCAAAGAAGCAAAAGGUUACAUCAAGAAAAAGUCCUUUGAAGGAGUCUGCAGUCUCGGUAGGUUCAAAGGAAUUAGCCCUGCCAACAUUAGCGGUUGAUAACAUGACAAUGGUGGACAAAACACUUUCAAGCCAAUGUAGCCCUGCCGAUUGUCUUCCUGGGAAUACCAAGCAGUGUGUUAUUAAAAAGAAGAAAUCUCUUUCUUCGGAAGAAAGACUUAAUCGGAAGAAAGGUGGUCAAAAGAAAGCCGAUGCCACAGACGGCCUCAAUUUGAAAAGUAAGUUGAAGAAUGCGACCAGCGGAGGCCCUGCUUCCACCAGUCAAGAUGAAUCCACAAAACCGUCACCCCUAGCCUCCAAAAAGAAGUCAACUGCUACCCAGGUUAGGAGAAACAAAGUGGACAAGGGACUUAAGAAAGAAUGUGAAAGAAAGACUGCUAAGGAAGAAAAUCUGCAUCCGGUCCAAAGCAUUUCCGCUCAAAUAGCCACUGAGCCAAAAAGUGAAGAAAAGCCUGAGCUAUUGGACAGCACCGCCGGUGAACAUGGACACGUACACAGAAAGUGUGCCGUAAGCAGGCGCCAUCACUCCCAGAAACCAAAUCAGGAUGAAAUGUCAACGCUAUGCAUGGACACGUUGGCAGAGUACGGAAAGAAGCACAUGCGGGCGCCUCCCACGGUCUACCUCGACGAGAAGUACAUCACAAUGCCCAAACGAAGGAAGGAGGUAUCGUCCGUCCAGUCGUAUGACUUGAACACCGUGCCGGUAGAGGCUAGCGUCGCCGGCGUGUCGCAGAGGCAACGGUGCGUCAAUUGCUUCACGACGUUCAGCAGCGCAGAGGAGCUACAGGGUCACCUCCGACUCCAGCGCUGCUCCAGCCUCUUUGGCUUCGACUCUGAUGACGAGGGGAAUAGUUGAAUUAUUGGCCUCCAGUCCGCGUGAGUGGCUGCAGAACAGACUGGACCUGGAUGAAGGCUGGUUGGAUCCUGACUCAUCAAGCCUCCUCUCUUGAGGGACUUGGACUUGCCAGAUGGUGACACUUUUUUUUUUUGGAUAACGGAAAAUAGCCAGUCCAUUAAAGGCCUGCAAAACAGAACUCCAGUCAAUUUUUGCAGAGCAGUUUGUACUGAAGUGCCUGCUCUGGAACCACAGCACUGAUUCCAGAUGCUUCACCUGUGGAGCAGUGUUGGACUUUUGACAGAACUGCCACUUUUUCCUCCAUCAGUAAGCCAUAAAAUAUGCUUUUUUUUAGUUUUGCACUCUUCUCAUAACCCUGUCAUGCUGUUUGAACAAUGUUCCAGUGAAACGCGUUGCUUAGAUUGAGUCUAAGUUGCUGUAAUCGGCUUUGGUUUUAAUUGAAGCUACUAACAUGAGUUAACUUCUGAUGCUGCCACUAGGGGUCAGUGUGCACUCAACCUCUCUACCCUCUCCUCAGCUCAAGUAUAAGAGAUUGUUCUCUCUUUUUUUAUAUACAGGAUUUGUUCCACUGCACAGGUCAUUUCCUAAACAUCACAUCAUUGAGUUUUGUUGUUUUCACAAGCCUGUCCAAGCUGGAGACAUGUCCCUCUUGAUGAGAAGAUACAUUGCAGUCACAAAGUACUGUUUGCAGGAAGUGGGUGAUAUUUAUUUUAUUUUCUAUAUUGUAAAUAUUAGGAGAGUUUCAAUUGCUUAUAUAAGGGGCUGUUGAAAUUUGGUUUAUAUUUGUUCUUGGAGAGAGAAUAAACUUAUUUCACAUUUUA